AUGACCAAAGAACGUGUUUGUGUGAUUGGCUCUGGCAACUGGGGUUCAGCUGUUGGAAAGAUUAUCGCUGAAAAUGUACUGAAGCAUUCGGAAAUCUUUGAAGCUGAAGUUCGUCAAUGGGUAUUUGAAGAGGAUUUCAAAGGAGAAAAGCUGACAGACGUAAUCAACCGAGAGAGAGAGAAUCCCAAGUAUUUACCUGGUAUCAAAUUUACACCCAAUAUCAAAGCAGUGCCAGACUUGGUGGAUGCUAGCCGUGAUGCCAGUGUUCUGGUCUUUGUUCUGCCUCAUCAGUUUGUUCGUGGCGUCUGUGAAAAGAUGAAGGGAGCUAUUGCGCCAAAUGCAAAGGCCAUCUCCCUCAUCAAGGGUCUCGAAAUCAAGCCUGAAGGUGUUACCUUGUUCUCUGAGGAAAUCUCUCGCAAAUUGGGUAUCAACGUAGCAGCUUUGAGUGGUGCCAACAUUGCUGAUGAAGUCGCUCUCGAACGCUUUUGUGAAACAACCAUUGGUAGUCGUUCUGAAGAGGAUGGUGAGUUAUUCUUUAAGCUGUUCAACACCAACUACUUCCACGUAAACGUUAUUCGUGAUUAUGUUGGGGUUGAACUCUGUGGUGCCUUGAAAAAUGUGGUGGCUGUUGGAGCAGGCAUUUCUGAUGGCUUAGGUUACGGAAGCAAUACAAAGGCUGCUAUCAUUCGUUUGGGAUUAAUGGAGAUGCGCAAAUUUGGUCAGACCUUUUUUGGCACAGUGGAGGACACUACUUUCUUUGAAUCAUGUGGCGUUGCAGAUUUAAUCACAACAUGUUCUGGCGGUCGUAACAGAAAGGUAGCCGAGGCAUUUGCAAAGACGGGCAAGCCAAUUGAUGUGUUGGAGAAGCAAAUGCUCAAUGGACAAAAAUUGCAAGGCACAUUGACAGCUCAAGAGGUCCACCAAUUCCUCUCUGCUCGUAAGUUAACCAGCGAAUUCCCCUUGUUUGAAACUGUUUAUCGUAUCAUCUACGAAAAUGCCCCCUUAGAAUCUAUUGUUCGUGAUAUUUAA